CACACACACACACACACACACUGCACACACACACUCACUCCACGCGUUGAACGCGUCGUGCUGGGCGGGCCGUGACAAAAGUAGACACGAGCUCCAUCGGACGGCAGCUCAACAGCUGAUCGCACGUCCAGGGUGAAGUUAUGGAGAAGCAGCCCCCGUCGCUGUGUUCGAGGCUCUUUCACGGCCGCGGGCCGGUGGAGGUCGUUCUGGAUCGCAGUGUUCUGGCUUGGAAGGAAACCGAGGGGGGCCGAAAACGAAGCUCGGCCAUCGGCGGGUUGUCUGCAACGGCUCACGGUCACGCCGUUCACGUGUGCGAAAUAGUGGCCGUCCGCAAGACGGAAGAAGACGACGACGACGACGACGACGACGACGACGGCGGCCGAGACGGCGCGAAGAGCAGGAGUCCGACAAAAGCGACGCAGGGCUCCCGGCUGCAUCCCCACGCGUUCACAGUCUCGUAUGUGAGGAGGACGCGGCAGCACCAGUGGCGGUAUAGUGAUGUCACCUUCCACUGUGCCAGUCAGCCACUACGUGAGCAGUGGAUCCGGGUCAUCAAUGAGCAGUUGUCACUACUGACCAACCGACCCAAGAGCCUCCUGGUGUACAUCAAUCCCUUUGGCGGAAAGCGGCGCGGGAAGCGCAUUUACGAGCAGGAGGUUGCGCCACUCUUUCGCCGCGCCUGCAUCUCGGCCGACGUGAUUGUUACCGAGCGUGCCAAUCAUGCCAGCGACCACUUGAAAACAGAGGCCAAUCUAGAUAAAUAUGACGGGGUGGUGUGUGUGGGCGGAGACGGGAUGUUCAGUGAAAUCCUGCACGGGCUGGUCACCAGGACCCAAACUGACCACGGCGUGGACCAGAGCCAACCAGACGCUGAGCUGGUGCCAUGUUCUCUACGCAUAGGCAUCAUUCCUGCAGGGUCCACCGAUUGUAUCUGCUUCGCCACAGUGGGGACCAGCGAUCCGGUCACUUCUGCUCUACACAUCAUCGUGGGUGACUCCCAGCCGAUGGACGUGUGCUCCGUUCACCACGACGACGUCCUCCUCAGAUACUCGGUCUCGUUGCUGGGCUACGGUUUCUAUGGAGACGUGCUGACGGACAGCGAGCGGAAGAGGUGGCUAGGUCCCGCCAGAUACGACCUGUCAGGGGUGAAAACUUUCCUGAGCCACAACCACUACGAGGGCACCGUCUCUUUCCUCCCCGCCGAGGAGGACGCGGGGAGCCCCCGGGACGAGCUGCCCUGUCGAUCGGGGUGCCGCGUCUGUCGGCAGCGGCCCCCGUCGAAGGACCCGCGGCGGGAGAUGUCCGAGGGGAAGGAGAAGUCCGCCACAGACGACGGCUGGAGCGUGAUCCGUGGAAAGUUCAUCGCCAUCAAUGCAGCCAGCAUGAGUUGCGCGUGUCCCCGCAGCCCGAGAGGCCUGUCGCCGUCCGCCCACCUCGCCGACGGCACCACCGACCUCAUCCUCAUCAGGGAGUGUUCCCGCCUGGACUUCUUCCGGCACCUUCUUCGACACACCAACAGAGACGACCAGUUUGACCACUCGUUCGUGGAGGUCCACCGGGUGACGGCGUUCCGCUUCCAGCCGCGGCACUGCGCGACGCUUUCGGCGGAAGACCGGGAGCCGGGCGAGACUCCGGCGAAGACGGGCUUCGGCCCCGUCUGCUCCGGCCAAGCAACCUGCGACCGCGGCAAAGCCCGCAGCAGCUGGACCUGCGACGGGGAGAUCCUGCCGCACGCUGCCAUCCAAGUCAGUGUCCGGUGCCAGUUGAUCAGGCUGUUUGCCCGCGGUAUCGAGGAGCAGCAGCAGUGUAUGUUUGAAGACCCCUGGACACUGUUGGCCCCGGAACCAAGCAGCGCGCACCAGUCAGUGGACUGAGAGCUGGACCGGACAUUUAGCCACCAGAUAACAAAACACAAAUUUGCCCUCGGCAACACUUUCCUGGGGAAAAAAAAAAUACACAUCACACGAGCGCAAACUCCAAUUGCUGGCAUCCCGUCCCUCUCCGCAGUGAGUUCGCCUGAACGAACCGUGCAGGAAGUCCUCUGUGUGCACGCGAGGUGAUGGAAUGAUAAGAAGAAGAAAAGAAAAAAAGAACAAUCCCAAAAAAUGAAGAUGGAGAGCUGCCACCACCGGCCAUAAGAAAUGAAAGGUGGAGGUCCGAAGAGACUGCAGCGGGUGUUCAUACAGAAAAAUGAAACACAGCUGAGCUGCACUGAGCUGGACUCAUGGACACAGAGCAAUCAGAAUUUCUUUUUCCCCAUACCACCAUGAAGGAGGACGCAAAUAGGAUUUCUGCCUAUACUGAGAAAGAGAGACAGCCAAGGAGAUACUUGCGCUUUGUACGAAGGAUGAAUAAAAACAAAAUGCCUGUGAAGUAGACUUGGGCUCCACCAAGAAAAAAAAGGGGGAAUAAAAACCCAGGAGUGCAGUCUGCCGUUUGCCCUUUUUGGGGGAAGAAAAAAAAAAAACAUAUUAAAUCCGUGACCCAGGUGAAAGCGGAUAUGAGCCAGGGGCACUAAUGAAAAGAACUGAAUACCCUGCUAAUACACUAACAGGACCCCGGUGGCUUCUGGGUAACAAGGCAAAGUGGUUGCUAAGUGAUUCACUGUCUCAGCACUGCUGCGCUGCACCUGUGGCUCUGAGCUCCGCUUCCUCUCCGGCUGAAAAACCGCCGACAGUUCAGCCAUCACCUGGGAUUAGCCCGAAUUAUACGCUGCUAAUGCUGUUAGAGAUAAUCUACUGCAUGGCUCUGAAAUUAGCAAGUCGAGCUGGUCUUGAUAUCUCUGAGGAAAAGUCAUUGGAGAGGGAAAAAACCAGCAGCUCCGAAGUUUGCUAUUACAGUAGGUUUGUUUGUUUGUUUUAUUGUUUUGCUGUCACUGCUUCGAUAUGAUGCUACAUUAGGGUUAUGGGUGUGUGUGUGUGUGUGUGUGUGUGUGUGUGUGUGUGUGUGUGUGUGUGUGUGUGUGUGUGUGUGUGUGUGUGUGUGUGUGUGUGUGUGUGUGUGUGUGUGUGUGUGCGCGUGCGUGCGUGUGUAUGUGUAUGUGCGUGUGUGUGCGUAUGUAUGUGCGUGUGUGUGUGUGUAUGUGUGUGUGUGUGUGUGUGUGUGUGUGUGCGGUAGCCUCACUUGUGCUCUUUUGCGGAUGCUCCCUCGCUACAGCAAACACACACACACACACUUUCUAUAAUGCACUCACACACACGCACUCUCUAACUUUUAACACCUUGAAAGCUUUGUCUGCUCUUUGAAUCCACUCCUGUUUAGUUAAUGCUCACUCUGGAUGUUUAUAAUGCUUCACCUUCAGAGCUCUCUUCUGCAAUCUGCAGUGACGCUCUUUGAAAGACUUACGCUUUUGAAUCCUUACACACACACACACACACACACACAGCAGUGCAAAAUGGUGGACUCUGUGGAAGGAGGGACUGCCUCCUUAGUAGAUAAACAGGACUCAAUUUAAGUUUAAAAAAUUGAAUGAAAUUAAUAAAAUGUAACAAUUCUUAGUUUAAGGUGAUUGUACACCCAUUAUUAUUAUAAAAAAUAUACUCAAUUUUUGUCAACAGAUCCCCUUAACCCUUGGACCUUUAAUCAUAUUGCAAGUCUUGUAAGCUACAGUAACUAAGCCAAAGGAGCUGCCACCCAUGGCUUGCAUUAUACAACGGAGGCCUUUUGGCUACAUAGCCAUUUCUUUUUCAUGGGUCAAGAUUUGCAGUCGUGUAACCUCAAGCUCUCCCUGUAAGAGAGAGAUUUCAUUUCCGAUUUUAUCCAAACCAAAAUUAUACAUCCCUGGAAAAAAACGCUACUGUGCACCAACCCCAACAAACACCACGGAUAUCAUGAAGAGAUUUCUUAGCAGAAAACGAAUGUUAAUCUUUAGCUCAACAUAAGUUUUUAUUUCAAUCUUGCUGUGCUUGCCAUAUUUGUGUAAACACAUAAAGUAAACUGUGAUGUAAGUAGACACUGUGAUGUAGAUUUGACCUACGGAGUUUAUGAUAAUGCUUAAUAAAGUACUUUUGAAGUGUG